AGUUAUUAUUGUUUCUUGUUUUUCUUUCUUCCCAUCCAAAUUCACGAGGCUCAACCUCUUCUCCUCGUAAGAAAAAACGAAAUUGUUCAUUUGAUUUUCUGAAAGGAAAAAAAGAAGAUAAUUUGAUGGGUUCAGAGACAUUUCUCGAAGUGAUUCUGGCAAUACUUGUGCCGCCUGUUGGGGUCUUCCUCAGAUACGGCCUCGGAAUAGAAUUUUGGAUCGAUCUUUUGCUAACGAUCUUGGGAUACUUACCGGGGAUAAUAUAUGCUAUAUAUGUGAUAGUCGUAUAAAAUCCCCGGUGCCGUGGCCGGAGGCGAUGGGGUCUUGCUCUGUACAUAAUGAUUUCAAGGCAAGUCUGUUGUUGUUGUAGUUGUUGUUGGUCGAUUGCACGAUAAUUUUUUAUUUUCUGUGCAAUCGAAUCAUGUAAUUUGUAGUGAAAAUUCUCGUCUAGCUGCUUUCAAGAAACCGGAGAAAAUAUUUUUAGAAAUUAGUGUUCUUGCUAAAGGAUUAAUUCUUAAUUUCGCAUUGAAGGGCAAAGUGCAGUGGGAUUCUCAAAAUUCAUAGCUCUUAAUUAGAAUCACAUUUCCCGUCUUGAUGUUCGGGCUAUGCAUAUUGUAUAUAUGUAUUGUUUAGCUAUUUGUAUUUUAUGUAUUAUUUAUUUUUUCCACUAGCAACAUAGUGUAGUUCCAAGAUUCUAAAUACUAUAAGAUGCAACUCUUUUGCAAUUCGAAAUUUAA